UUGGAGAAGCAGCAAUUAAUUGAACUAUGGAGUAUAUGUAGAGCUUGCACAGACCUCUAUUUUCUUUCUUUCCUGGACCUAGAUUUUGACCAUGAACCCGAAGGAAACCACCAAGCCACUUUAACUACUUUUCUCCAGGUUGGGCGUAACAUCCAUUUGCACGGAGUUACCGCUCAUCCGAUUCCACUAGCCGUAAACUCAACUAAAACAGACGCAUCUGAGCCAAGUAAGUUUGAGGACGGUUUAAAAGCGGAGCGAUGGGAGUUCUCACGUUGAAGUUGCUUUACUUCUUAACGGGAACAAUGAUGUACUGUAUGUCCUGUUCAAAGUUCAGGAGUGCGCCAUGGGCGGAGAACUCUUCGCAAUCAUUCAGGCGCGAAGCCGUGGCAAGAGAAGCAGGGGGCAUUUUGAGAGCUGGUAUCGUGAUGAUGGUGCGAAUGGGAAAGGAGAAUGAGGACUUGGGUAGUCGGAGAUGGACAGGUUAGAAAGAGGCAGGAAAGAAUAGCGAUGCUUGACGAGAGUUGAAUGAGGGGGACUGAAACUUAGUUUAAAUAGUAUUAGAGAAUGUGCGCUGUGGACCAUGGCCCUCUAGGGUCUUCACUCUCAAGAUCACGUUUGCCCUGCUCUCCAAGCUUUUAGACUGCGCAAGAAGAGUAACCCACGGACCGGGGGUGAACCGAAGAAUCAUGACGCAUAAAUGAGUUUCGGCUAACGGAGAGUAGUGGGAAAUAAGUGAUCUAUCACCACUAGUAGGCACGGUUUGAAGG